AUGGAGUGGAGCACAAAGUGGGAUUGGGAGAACAUUGUUUCGUUCGGGUCCCGAGCCACCGAGAGCCCGAGAAAACAACAUCAACUAAUGGAGUGGAUGAUCGUCGAUGAAGGUGAAAUCAAUCCCGGGCAGUUUAAUUUAUUGACUUCUACCGAUAACCAUUGCAAUGCCUCUCCCUCUGAAGGCUGCCACAAUUCCUCAGCCAAGAGCUCUAUCUCAGCUUCUACUGACUCAUCAGCUGAGAUCGAUCUGCAGCCGCCGAAUAAUUUCAGAUUUCACUCAACGUUCGAGGGCUGCGCUGCAAAUUGGAGCAAGAAAAUAGCAUUCCAAGGCACGGAACUUUCUGGAAAUUCUCCCCCUUCUUUUGUCAGCUCGGGGGAGCAAUCGAUCGGUUUGAAGCUCGGGAAGCGGACUUAUUUCGAGAACAACACAGUGAAGAGCACGUCAUUUGCUGUGAUGCCGAUUCCAUCCUCAGGGGCACUGAAAAAGAAUAAGACGCCCGGGCAAAACGGUCCGGUACACUGUCAAGUGCAGGGCUGUAAUACCGAUCUUUCGAAUGCCAAAGAGUAUCACAAAAAGCAUAAGAUUUGCGAUAGCCACUCGAAAUGCCCAAAGGUUAUUGUCGGAGGGCUCGAACGUCGCUUUUGCCAGCAAUGCAGCAGGUUCCAUAGUUUGUCCGAGUUUGAUGACAAAAAGCGCAGCUGUCGGAAAAGACUGUAUGACCAUAAUGCACGCCGCCGCAAGCCACAACAGCAAACUAUUCAGUUUAACUCCCCCAGACUCUCAUCAAGUUUUAAUGGAGGGACUCAGACGAUGGGAUUUCUCUUGAACAAUCCUCCACCAGUUCGCCCUGUAACUCAGUCAAAUUCCGUGUGGGAUAACACGCGCACCACAAAGUUCACUCUUACAAAUGGGUUUUCGAGUGGAGAUGGAAGUACUACUGAUCAACAACGGGUGCAUAUGCUAGGAACCAAAUCGGCACACAUCAUGAGUGUGCAAAAUGGGACCAGUGGACUCUCGGCCCCCAACAACUCCAAGUUUCAGGCUUUUAAUCCAGAUGCAGCAGCACCUCAUCGUGCUCUCUCUCUUCUGUCAAGCAACUCCUGGGAUUCAUGCCAAACCGAGCCCAUCACGUUCCAGCAGAGUGCAGCAAUGUACGAUAUCACGAGUCAUGCAGUAGUACCACAAGGAGUUCCCCUCGCGUCUUCAGAAUUGUGGCUUAACAGGCAACAAUCGAUGGCUAUUCACUCAAACGUUCAAUCUGUGACCACGAGCACCAACUUUCAAGAAUUCCAACUUUUCAAAGCACCGUACGAGGCUGACUACUAUUCUAAUAUAUAUUGA